AGCGAAUAGAUACAGUAUUCUUACAUAUAAAUAAACAUAAAAAGAAACGGAUGUGCCUCCGAAAACGAAACGGAUACCGUCCUCCUGACGAUUUUAAUGCAAAAAUUGAGAGGUCCGUGGCCAAAGGGGGGAUGACAUGCGUGUUCCCAGGCUGUUAACAUCGCUGAGGAUUACAAGACUAUUAGGCUGCCGAGAGCUGUCAAGCCAUGAUGGACAUACUGUACACAGGCCCUGUCCCGGCAGACGGAGAGUCUCCCAUGGCUGUCAGCGAGAUGUCGCCCAGCCGGACUCAACGGCAGCCAAACACACAGAGACCCAACACAUGCUGCUUCUGCUGGUGUUGCUGCUGUAGCUGCUCAUGUCUCACCGUUAGGAAUGAAGAGGACAGAGGUAGGAAAUCCCUGGAGACACGUCUGGAGACCUUUCAAAACUGUGAAGAUUGCACCAAACCAACAUUAGAUGAGAUAAGGAUCUGGGCCCAGUCGUUUGAUAAGCUGAUGAAGAAUCCUGCAGGUCGGAACGUGUUCAGGGAGUUCCUAAGGACUGAGUACAGUGAGGAGAACAUGUUGUUCUGGCUGGCCUGUGAAGACCUCAAACAGGAGAUGAACAAGAACACAGUGGAGGAGAAGGCACGCAUGAUCUACGAGGACUACAUCUCUAUCCUGUCCCCCAAAGAGGUGAGCCUGGACUCCCGGGUGAGAGAGGUGAUUAACAGGAAGAUACAGGAGCCUACGCCCCACACCUUUGAGGACGCCCAGCUCCAGAUAUAUACCUUAAUGCACAGAGACUCCUAUCCUCGUUUCCUCAACUCGUCUAUAUACAGAUCACUGGUUCACCCGGGCUCCCACACCUCCUCAGAGUCAUAGGUUCAGCCGGGCUUCCCGCACCUCCUCAGAGUAAUAGGUUCACCCGGGCUCCCACACCUCCUCAGAGUCAUAGGUUCAGCCGGGCUUCCCGCACCUCCUCAGAGUCAUAGGUUCACCCGGGCUCCCACACCUCCUCAGAGUCAUAGGUUCAGCCGGGCUCCCACACCUCCUCAGAGUCAUAGGUUCAGCCGGGCUUCCCGCACCUCCUCAGAGUCAUAGGUUCAGCCGGGCUUCCCGCAUCUCCUCAGAGUCAUAGGUUCAGCCGUGCUUCCCGCAUCUCCUCAGAGUCAUAGGUUCACAACAUUUCACUCACACACACUACUCUCUCUCUAUCUCUCUCCCUCUCACACUCCUCUCUCUCUCCCUCUCACACUCCUCUCUCUCUCCCUCUCACACU